AACCUACAAUUCUUACUGUAGUAUUUUGAAACCAGACUCCAAUGAGAAGUCGCUAGAGAGUUAACAGCUACUGGAGACACUGACAUCCACCUCAUAUUUUUUAGCACUCUGGACAGUGACUUAAAGGACAGGGAGGGGUGUGUGGGGGUGAAGUGGGAAGCAAUAUGGUAGAUCUCUGUACCUUUGGCGUUAUCUCUGCUGAACAUGCAUGCUAUUUUUAAGUCGGGUAGACACGCGUACAACAAACAGUCCACCUGGAGUUUAAAUACAGUAUGUAUAGAGGUACUUUUUUUUUUUUAAUUAAAAAAUAUAUUAUUUUAUGGUGUCCACAGAUAUCUGAGUAUUUCAGCCUAGGGGAAAUAAUUUUGGUUUCGAUCGGCAGUCCCCAACUUUUUUUGUACCAACCGCUACUGGUCCCCAGACCGCAGAUUGGGCCUCCUUAGUCUAGAUAGACCCUUAAUGUCACAUAUGACAAAUCGCUUUUUUUACACGACAGAAUGUAAAACAACUGAAGCCCAAAUAUGGACCAGAUCAGUCAAUUCUCAUAUAAAUCAUGUUUGGCCCACAUCUGUUGUGUAUGGGCCAGAUAAAAGACCAAUGUCACUCCAAGAGUGGCCUACAUGCUAUUCGCUUUUUUUUUUUUCUCUUCAAAGCUGCAAGUCAUCUGUUGUUACGCCUUUUGAAGCCUCUAUCUCCGAGCAGGUCCUGGGCGUGACCGUGCUUUGUUUUGAGCAUAAAAGACUCCACGCGUGCAGACACGCAUCACAGCACUUAGCAAGCAUCAAGGAACCAGCCACCAUGACCACUCUCACUGCUAAAGACAAGGCCGCCGUCAGAGCCUUCUGGGACAAAAUCUCAGGACAUGUAGAGACGAUCGGCAAAAGCUCUCUGUCCAGGCUGAUCACAGUCUACCCUCAGAGCAAGACCUACUUCUCUCACUGGAAGGACGGAGUGGACCCUGUGAACUUCAAGCUUCUCUCCCAAAACAUCCUGGUGGUCAUGGCCAUCAUGUUCCCCGCUGACUUCACUCCUGAGGUCCAUGUGGCCAUGGACAAGUUCCUGGCUGCUUUGGCUCUGGCUCUGUCUGAGAAAUACAGAUAAACAGCUGCAGAGGGAGGAAAACAAUAAAACAUGAAGUUCAAAACGAA